AUGGGUCGUCAAGAAGGUAAUUCUCCGGCCGUUGAUGAUGGUGGUGGAGGUGGAGUGCCGUCUGGUGGAUCAACCACCGCUAGGUCUAUCUUGACAGUAUCGAAGGAAGAUAACAAGAACAACAUGGUAACCAUGUCUGUUGAGGUUACUUCAUCGUACCCUGUUGUUGAUGAGAAUUUAGAUGAUCUUGAAUUGGGACUCGGGUUGAGUAUCGGAAUCGGUGGUGGUUUGAAGUCAAAAGCGGUGGUAGCAGGGCCUUGUUGGAAUCAGUAUGCAAGAAUCUUGACAGCGAAAGAUUUCCCUUCUUUGGUUUCGAAACCUAACUCUUCUUCUUCGUCUUCUUCAGUAAAUAUCCCAAAUUCAUCCACUUCUGGUUCCAAAAGAACCGCGGCAGAUUCUGUUUCUCCUCCUAAUGGUAACAGCGUCGUUGGGUGGCCGCCGGUAAGCAGAGCUCACCGGAUCCCUAGUUUGGCGAACAACUGCAAAUCACAAACCGAAGAACUUAACUCAAUACCCGAACAAAACAAAAACAAGAACACAACGAACAGAAUCAAGGAUUAUUCAACUGAAAGAAACGGGAUUUCCUACAAGAAAUAUCGUUCUGUAAAGGUGAACAUGGAUGGAACCCUGAUCGGAAGGAAAGUCGAUCUCAAUGCUCACAACUCAUACGAGGCCUUGGCUCAGACGUUAGAAGAAAUGUUCUGGGGAAGACGGUCGAGCACAAAAGCAGGAGGAUCUUCAAGAUUAUUGGACGGAACAUCUGAAUUUGUUCUAACUUAUGAAGACAAAGAUGGAGACUGUAUGCUUGUCGGAGAUGUUCCUUGGCAGAUGUUUUUAAGUUCCGUUAAGAGGCUUAGGAUCAUGAAAAAUUCCGAUUGUAGUGAGCUUUCAAGAAAUCAACACGAGACACAUAACUGAUGCAGUAUAAUGAUAUGCAUAUAAACUUUUAUAUUUUUGAUUAGAUGUAGUUGAACCAAGUUCUUGUUGGUUGAAGGGUGAAAGGAGAGUGAUGGUUUGGUUCUACGGGUUGUUUAAAUCCAAAGUGUCUCGGGUGAGACCGGUUUUGUCCGGGAGGUUUGUAUAAGUGUCUUGUUCUUGGUGCAAGCAUAUUUUAACAAAGCAUACACAAUGCACACAUCACUGAUAAUUUGAGUUCUAUGAUAUUGUAAUUAUGGAAUUUACUACAUAUGAAAUUAGGGUUUUGGGG